AUGAUUCGAGAUAACUGGAACUCAAAUCUUUCUCUUCCAGAAACUAUAGCCAAUUUCACCGUGGCUGCUACUCCUUGGAUUAGAGAGGUUUUUGGUAUAAUUGGUAAAAACAAGAGGCUUUUAAUGGCUCGUCUCCGUGGGGUCAAUGAUGGUUGGAUCAAUGGCGAACUUGAAGCAUGGUUAAACUUGAAUACAAAUUACUGGAAGAAAUUGAAAUCAUCCUUGAUCAUGAGGAAAAUAUUUGGGGGGGGGGGAAUACGAAUAGACGGGAUAAAUUUCCAUGAUAGAAACACGAAAAUUUUCCAUUCUAAGGUCGUGUGUAAAAGAAGAAAAAACACCAUUCGCAUGUUUAAGAUUGAUGGUGAGGAAUGGUGCAAUGAUUUUGUUGCUUUUAUGAAUGCUGCCUCGGUUUUCUUUGAAAGACUCUUUGAUAAUGAUUCGGUGCCCCACGGAAAUUAUCCCAUUACUAGACUUUUUCCUACCUUAUCUGAUUCCGAUCACAACUUCUUCAAUUCCUACAUUUCGGAUGAUGAGAUACGGGACGCUCUCUUCUCCAUGGCCCCUCUCAAAGCUCUGGGUGUUGAUGGUAUUCACGCUCAAAUUUACCAGAAGAAUUAG